UUUUACUCUAAUUGACCUUCCACAUGUCUUUGCGUAUCCAUUGCACAACUAGGUGCAACUGUUAAUCUUAUUGAGCCUAUUGUUUGCUUUAGGAUAGGAGCCUUUGUCCUCUACAACUAGAGAAUCUCCUCUCUACAAGAAAUGUUUAUAUUGCAUUCUCUAUCGCGGACGAGAAAACCCUUCUUUUUCAGCACUCCUCUAAAACCCUAGAAAACUAAACAUAAGGUAAGAUUUGGUCGAUUCACCAAUUUUUCUUUCGAAGCUGAGCGGCGGAGGCGAUAGAACUCUUCGACAGCAGCUGCUAUUAUCUUUGAAACAUGGCUAUGGGUAUGAUGAAACCCAUGAAGGCUGGUCUUGAAGAAUCUCAGGAGCAGCUGCAUCGAAUUAGGAUCACUCUUUCCUCUAAGAAUGUAAAAAACCUUGAGAAAGUUUGUGCUGACCUUGUGCGUGGUGCCAAGGAUAAGAGGCUGAAGGUCAAGGGACCUGUCAGAAUGCCUACCAAGGUCCUUCAUAUCACUACCCGAAAGUCCCCUUGUGGAGAAGGUACGAAUACCUGGGAUCGAUUUGAGUUACGUGUUCACAAGAGAAUAAUUGAUUUAGUUAGCUCUUCUGAAGUGGUGAAGCAGAUCACAUCAAUUACCAUCGAACCUGGAGUCGAGGUUGAGGUUACUAUUGCAGACACAUGAGAACUAAACAUUAGUCUGCUUAUUGUAAUCUUGAAUUUUGCCUUAGGGUUUAAUUAGAUUGAAUUUUUGACUGAGCACUUAAUAUCUCAGAUGUGAUUUCUACUGUGGAAUUUUUUUGUUUUUCAUUUAAGCUAUGACUAGAAUUAAGCUUCACAUCUGCAAUUUUCUCUGGAACUUUUCGUCUUUGUGACAUCAUACUUUGAAGUUUGGAUGGUUUCUGUUUCUUUACUAUUCUACAAUCAUAUGGUGGCGGGAUCUUGUUUACAA